CCGCCGAUCAUUUGAUCACUCUGUUCCUCCUCCUUCGCGCGAGAGAGAUCUCAGAGCUCCAGCAAUGGCGGCCGUGCGAAGCGCUGUACUGAAACACCUCAGGGUUAGGGCUUCGCUUUCUCCUCUGCAGGUUCCGGCCAUAUCCAUCUCUCGUGUGUUCGGGCGAUUCUUCUCCGAGGAGGUGAAGGGAUCGUUCCUUGACAAGUCUGAGGUGACCGAUCGGGUCAUCACCGUCGUCAAGAACUUUCAGAAGGUUGAACCUUCGAAGGUUACUCCAAAUGCUCAUUUCCACAAUGACCUUGGUCUUGAUAGCUUGGAUGCUGUAGAGAUCGUCAUGGCUUUGGAAGAAGAAUUUGGGUUUGAGAUCCCUGACAACGAAGCAGAUAAGAUAAAUUCAAUCAGCCUAGCUGUCGACUUUAUAGCUUCUCAUCCACAGGCUAAAUAAGACAUUGUUAUCACCAUUUUUAUUCUCUUUCAUUUUUCUCUGGUAAAAACUCAUUUGUUCAAGAAGUCCUUUAAAACAAAGGAAUGGGCACUGAGUAAUUGUUAAAUUCUGAACAUCAAGCUCCAUUUGAGAGUUAUCUAAGAAGUGUCGAAACAUAUGUUAAGCUAUGUAGCGUUUUUUUGUGUUUUUAAAUAACAGAUGUUGAGAGCUCUGUGCUCCCUUGCUGUAGCUCCUGGUGCAAGUGCUUGCUAACUUGUGAGGAUUCUUUAUCCCUUCUUA